AUGAGGAGACACUUUGUUUGCUCCAUAGGUCAGCAGGACGAGACUCUGUGUAAGAACUACAUCUCUGAGCUCAAGGACCUGCGUCUGCGUAUUGAGAACUGUGAGACCGGGACUGUGGCUCGCAUCCGCAGACCCACAGAGAAGGAGCCUCUGAAGGAGUGUAUUCAGAAGACAACAGAGCAGAAGAAAGUCCAGGUGGAACUUGAUGGCCUCAAGAAGGACCUUAAUAAGGUCUCUGUAAAGACACAAGAGGUCUUGGCCUCCCCACAGAAGUCUGCCUCUUAUCCCGUCCUGCGCUCAGAGCUUGACGUCACCGUGCAGAAGAUGGAUCAUGCCCACAUGCUUUCCUCUUUUUAUCUGGACAAGCUGAAGACCGUGGAAAUGGUGAUUCGUAACACUCAGGGUGCUGAGGGAGUUCUCAAGCAGUAUGAGGACUGCCUGCGUGAGGUUCACACUGUGCCCAGUGAUAUCAAGGAAGUGGAGACUUACAGAUCAAAGCUCAAGAAAAUGCGAGCUGAGGCCGAGGGCGAGCAGCCGGUAUUCGACUCUCUGGACGAGGAGCUGAAGAAGGCCUCCACAGUGAGUGACAAGAUGUCCCGCGUGCACAGCGAGCGCGACGCCGAGCUCGACCACUACCGUCAGCUGCAGUCCAGCCUACAGGACCGCUGGAAGGCCAUGUUCACACAGAUGGACCUCCGCCAGAGAGAGCUGGAGCAGCUCGGCCGUCAGCUCGGCUACUACCGCGAGAGCUACGACUGGCUGAUCCGCUGGAUCGGCGACGCCAAGCAGAGGCAGGAGAAGAUUCAGGCCGUGCCCAUCACGGACAGCAAGACUCUGAAAGAACAGCUGACCCAGGAGAAGAAACUUCUUGAGGAGAUCGAGGGCAACAAGGACAACGUUGACGAGUGUCAAAAAUAUGCCAAAGCAUACAUUGAUGCAAUCAAGGACUACGAACUCCAGCUGGUGGCCUACAAAGCCCAGGUGGAGCCUCUUGCUUCUCCAUUGAAGAAAACCAAAAUGGAUUCUGCUUCUGACAACAUCAUUCAGGAGUAUGUAACACUGAGGACCAGUACA